GAGACAGUGACUUAUCUAUUCUAGUAGCUCCCUAUCGUCUCUCAUGUUGAAGUUUAAUCGCGUUUAAAUCGGUAUUAUCGUUGCCGGUCUUGCGCGUUUUAACAUGAAAAUCACCAUCGGACCAUUGUUAACAUGAAUAAAGUUUGGAUAUUUUUGUUGUUCGCGGCAGCGACGUUCGUGGCCGUCGCAUGUGACGACUUAGAGGACUUCCCACUGGACGACGGUCUGGGCGGCGAUGACGAUGGCAACGUGACCGCAGCUGAUAACGAUGACGACUCUCCUAACACGACGGCGGCGGAAAGCGAUAACAGUAACAACGUAUUCAUGACCGAUCUCGAUAUGGACGAAGAGCCGUCGGACGAGUCCACGAACAUGGCCGACCGGAAGUCGGACACCAUGCAGAAACUGGUGCAGUCGGCAAUGCGGAAGCCCGGCAUGAAGGAGCGGUUGGCCCAAGUGGUGCCGAUCGUCAAGGCCAUGACGCCGGCGCAGCGGCUCGCGCUGGCCGGUAUGGUGAUGGGCAAGGGCCAGUCGCAGAACUUGAACAACAAGGCGCUGAACGCGCAACUAUUGUUGCCCAUCAGCCAGGACAUAGCGGCGAUGUUGCGGAACGGUCAGACGGCCAGGGGCGGCGGCGUCGAAGCGUCGGCCAGGGCGUCAUCCGGUUACGGGUCGUACCAUUUGUCCGCGCCUCCUCCACCUAAUCGCCACCGAUUGCCGAACACGUUGAUCCGCCGGUUUCCACAACGGAUUCCUGAACGGCCAAGUAUGAAGCGACCCUACCUGCCGAUGCCCGCGACGGCCGUGCUCAGACAACAACCCAGCAAGGUACCGGAAUCGCCGCCUACCUCCGAGAGCCCGCUGGACGAUUGCGACCUGUUCGGCGAUAACAUUUGUCUGGACGUCCAAGCGUACCCCGAUCUUGAAAUUAUUGAAAGCAUCGAGGAUACAGCCAACAGUAGAGCUGCGUUUCAAGCACUAAUUAAGGAUCCAAAAUAUAAUAUAUCUGAUUCUUUCGAUUCGAACAUACCUGAAAGACGAAUUGAUAGCAAUCCGGAAGAUGCAAUUUGCCAAAGUAAAAUUACGAUGGCUAGACCAAAAAAAGCUCGAUCCACAAAUGGACAGUGGAAAUACGUCGUGAACACAGAUGAAUACGUUCAAACGUUGAGACUUGAAAAAUGCUUGAAACCUGAAACAAGAUGUUCUCAUGUAUCUACAAAAUUCAAAUCUACGUGUCAUCAGGUGUACAACUAUCAUAGACUGCUCACUUGGGAUCAAUUUUCUGGACUGACGUUGGAUAUAUUUAAGGUGCCCACUUGUUGCGCUUGUCAUAUCCAAGAAUUGAAUCCACUCGUUCCGGAUAAUUUUGAAUCGCAAAAUUCUGUGGCCGAUGAUCAUCAUACGCAAUCUUCGAAUACCAAUCAAAAAAAAAUUGUACCACAUAAACGGUUACAACAAUCCACACAAUCUACACCGUAUACGGUGCACGAAACACUUCCCGCUAAAUAUCCGCCGGUAACUAGGAGGCCAUACAAGAAAAACCGGAAUAAAUCGACGACCCAAAACGUUCCAACUGACGCGCCGGAUUCGUAUCAAACCACUAGGACUAAUUACAACUAUCAUCCGAUCAUGGAGUAUUUCAUGUCACCGCAAUCAUCGCCAUCGCCUGAUGUCCGCGCCCAGAACGUUAUUCAGCGCAAAGCCGACUUGAUGGUCCACAACAACGAAUUCCAAGCUCCCAGCAACGGAUGGACUCCUAUGACAGAAGAGUUUGGCCCCAGACACUUCAACUGAUUUCUGUGUACGCCGUAUUGAUUUUUACGCGUUAUUUGUUUAUUUAUUUAUAUAUUUUUUUUUUGUAAUAAAAUGUGCUAUUCAGUAUA